AUGACGGUUUCGGUUACCGGCCAAGUUGUUUGGAGGCUUUUAAGACUUCUUUUGAAGCUUGUACUUGUACCACUUCUUUUGAUCGGUAGACUUUUAGGUCCUGCAGCCAGGAGAUUAGUUGAUAAGCUUGAUGAGAAAUACCGGGUCAAAGAGGAUUGGUAUAUUGCGCCAUAUUUUCUAGCAGCAGUGCCCAAAUAUGCUUGGAACGCUUACCACCAGAGGUUCCAGUACUGGUACCUUUUCGAGAAGCAAGUUCGAAAACACGGAAACUCACUUUGUAUCACUUAUCCACGGCCACUCGGGCGAAAAGGACAGUUCGAAGUCGAACGGUUUACUUACCAGGAAACUUACGAAGUCGUUCUUCGACUCUCGCACAUUUUGUACUUUGAGUACGGGAUACGUGAGGGAGAAUGCGUUGCCAUGGAUGUGACAAACAAACCUAUGUUCAUAUUUCUAUGGUUUGCACUAUGGAAUAUUGGAGCGAUCCCAUCAUUUCUCAACUAUAACAGUAUUGGAACCCCACUUGUGCAUUCUAUCAAGAUAGCAAAUGUCAAAACUGUGUUGAUCGAUCCUCAAGCUGCCAAACCGAUUCAACAAACGCAAGCGGAGAUAGAACGCGAGUUACCAGACUGUAAGCUACGAUAUCUAGCCGAGAAUGAACUUUUAGCUAGAAUACUGGACACAAAUUCCCCCAAGUUUCUACAAGACGUGGCUCUGAGAUCUCCGUCCACGUUGUCCGAUUUUAGCCCGGCAUGCUUGAUAUACACCUCAGGUACAACUGGCUUACCCAAGUCAGCGAUCAUGUCGUGGAGAAAAGCGGUAAUUGGCUGCUCUCUGUUUGGACAUGUACUACGGAUCAAGAACAAUUCGAUAGUUUUCACUGCCAUGCCAUUGUACCAUUCUACAGCCGCUUUGCUAGGCGUCUGUGCAGUUUUCUCACAAGGGGGUUGUGUCGCAAUGAGUAACAAGUUCUCAGCGAGUACGUUUUGGGAACAAGUUUAUCUCACCGAAUCCACGCACAUCCAAUACGUUGGUGAAAUUUGCAGAUACCUCUUGCACUCACCUUUGUCGGAAUAUGAGUCCAAACACAAGGUUAAAGUUGCUUAUGGAAAUGGUUUGAGGGCAGAUAUAUGGCAAGAGUUCAGAUCCAGAUUUAACAUAGAGGUCAUUGGAGAAUUUUACGCAUCCACUGAGGCACCAUUUGCGACAACGACGUUCCAAAGAGGCUCGUUUGGAAUUGGUGCAUGCAGAAGUUAUGGCACUUUCAUCAAUUUCAUACUUUCUUACCAACAAACUUUGGUUAAAAUGGAUCCGGAGGACGAUAGCACUGUUUACAGGAACGACAAAGGUUUAUGCGAAGUAGCACCUGUCGGUGAACCCGGUGAGAUGCUCAUGAGGAUUUUCAUGCCAAGGAAACCCGAAGCGACUUUCCAAGGUUACCUCGGCAAUAAGAAAGCCACCGAAUCGAAAGUAUUACGUGACGUUUUCCGGAAAGGCGACGCAUGGUACAGAUCUGGAGAUUUAUUAAAAGCCGAUAGUCAUGGACUUUGGUAUUUUGUCGAUAGAAUGGGUGAUACUUUCAGAUGGAAGUCCGAAAACGUUUCUGCCAACGAAGUCGAAGACCAAAUAAUGUCCUUCGACAAUCAAGCAUUCAGCGCUGUGGCUGUGGUAGGUCUCAAAAUCCCGAACCACGAAGGUCGAGCGGGAUUCGCAGUACUAGAAUUAUCCCACAAGAGCAAAUACAUGGAGGGAAACGUCGAUUUCUUGAACGAUAUGCUGAAGUAUCUGACUGGUAAAUUACCCAAAUAUGCACUACCGGUGUUUCUGAAGUUCGUCGACGUUAUCGACCAUACUGAUAAUCAUAAGAUCAGUAAGAAAAACUACCGAAACCAGAAUCUACCGCAUGGUCGUGCUGGUAAUGAAAUUUUUUACUGGCUCAAGGGUGGUAAAUCAUACGUAGCGCUCACCAACGCAGAUUGGAACGAUAUUCAAUCGGGUGUUGCCAGGCUGUGA